AUGGCGCUUCUCUCUUCUCAAACGCUUAUACAGGCCCAUGCGCUGUUCCUGUUUAUCCUCGCAGUUUAUUUGGUCGUAUCCCCCGGCGCGGUCACAGACUCGGACAUUGUUUUCAUACUCGGCGAGGCAAUGCAGAUUGACAUCGAUACCUCCCUGGCCACCACCGCACAAUUCCCAUUCGCAAUCUGUGGCAUCCUCCUCAUCAGCCAGGCUCUCUUCGACCUAAUCAUCGUUAGGAAACUACCGCAAGUCGAAGACCUCAUUAUCAACACUCCUCGACAACGCAGCAGACUCUCUUCCUCAGGAGAAGGAACCAUCAACCCGUUCAUGGUGCGACUGGCUACACUGUACAACGAGAUCUGGUCAUUACUAGCCGGUCUACGAUUCUGUUUCUUUUUUGCCAUUGCAAUUUUCAUUUACCAGAGCAGGCCCGGUGCUGGUAGUCCGCAACAAGCGUUUGGGUAUGAUGGCACGGAAGAAAUGAAACAGGGGCUGGCUCAAUUGAAGAGUCGUGUUGUCUUUACUUUUGUUUUUGAGGAGACCGUGUUUUGGUUAUGGACUCUGGCGAACGUGCGCGAAGAACGGCGAGAUAUAGCUAACCGCCUGGCUAUUCAGCAGGCUGCUGAACGUGAACGCGGUCCAUUCUAG